AUGUUGGACCCUGUACUGCAACGACACUUGAAAGGUCACCGGGGAAAGCUGACCGGUCUAUCGUUCAACCCGGAAGGGACGCGUUUCGUGACGAGCUCGGUCGACCACUCAGCAAUCGUGUGGACCAACAACGAACAGGUACGCUGUAUGCGAUUCGAGGCUCACACGGAUGUUGUGAACGAUGUUUGCUGGUCGCCGGACGGUAGAAUCAUAGCGACCGUUUCCAAGGAUCGCUCUGUAAAGAUUUGGGUCCCUUCGAUGCUGGGUAAUUGCGACGAAUUCCGCGGCCACACCUCGAACGUCCGCUCGGUAGAUUUCGAUCCGUCCGGCAAAAAGUUGCUCACCGCCUCGGACGACAAAACGGUCAAGCUGUGGAAAGUGUCCCGCAAGCAGUUUCUGUCCUCUUUCACCGGACACACGAAUUGGGUGCGAUGUGCACGAUUUUCACCAAAUGGUAAAAUGAUCGCGUCCUGCGGUGACGAUCGUACAUUGAAGUUGUUUGACCCGUCUACCGGGCAGUGUAUUCACACCUUUUACGACCAGAAGGGGGCUGGAUGUAAGGUGGCCUGGCAUCCGGAUAGUACACUGGUAGCUAUUGCCUUAGACAACUGUCGGGUGAAAAUAUUCGAUGUGAAUAUCAAGAAAUUGAUUCAAUACUACCGCAUCUACGACGGUCCGGUCAAUUCACUCGACUUUCAUCCGUCCGGAAACUAUCUCAUUACGGGAAGCGAUGAUGGCGUGACAAAAAUCAUCGAUUUGUUGGAAGGUCGUCAAAUAUUCACACUCACUGGGCAUCGUGGACCGGUCACGACGGUAAAAUUCUCUAAAGAUGGACAGCUAUUUGCGACAGGAAGUGAAGAUUGUCAUGUCAUGCUUUGGAAGGCAAAUUUGGACCAAGAUUCGGCACACAACUCACUCUAUUCAGCGGACAGUAGCUGCGAGAUAACAAAUCCAACCGGUGGAGAACGAAAAUUUAGCUUCAAUCGCGACGUAACUGAGGCACAUGCCGACGAUGAUGAUUCUGCGUUUAAUUGUAACAAGGAAAAUCUCCCAGAUACUAGCAUCUUUGUCGAUGCGACGAAGACGGAGAAUUUCAAAAUAUCGGACGCCGUCGAGGAAAUCGUAAUCAAACUGAAUAAAUCCCUCGCCGAAAACUGUCGAACCAAAGCGCACGGGCUGAGUGUCAGUUUCACAGGAAAACGCCAACAGGCACGAUCUGCUAUAGCCUCCAAUCCAACGUCCACACAAUCUUCAAGCAAUCGCACCGAGGACUUUGAAGAACACGUUUUGGUCUGUUUGAACAGUAUCAGUCGAAGGAUGGAGAGUUUUCAUAACAGAAUUUCGCUACUUGAAGAUGUCUUGCUCGAUCGAUCAUAA